AUGGCAGCAAGGUUGGAGACUGGCCGUGAACAUGUGUUGCCCAUUGACUAUUAUUUUCCACCUCAGAAGACUUGCCUGAUCUGUGGAGAUGAAGCAUCUGGGUGCCACUAUGGAGCCCUCACUUGUGGUAGCUGCAAAGUCUUCUUCAAACGGGCAGCAGAAGGUAAACAGAAGUACCUGUGUGCCAGCCGGAACGACUGCACCAUCGACAAGUUCAGAAGGAAAAACUGCCCAUCCUGCCGCCUGCGGAAGUGCUACGAGGCUGGGAUGACCCUUGGAGCCCGCAAGCUGAAGAAGCUGGGUAACCUGAAGACACAAGAUGACAUGGAUGCAGCCAGUUCAUCCAGCCCCAUUGAGGAGCAGGCCCCCAAGAUGGUGAUGACACGCAUUGAUGGGUAUGAGUGCCAGCCCAUCUUCCUCAACGUUCUGGAGGCCAUUGAGCCUGGCAUAGUGUGUGCUGGCCAUGACAACAGCCAGCCAGACUCCUUCUCCAACCUGCUGAGCAGCCUGAAUGAGCUCGGGGAGAGGCAGCUGGUCUAUGUGGUCAAAUGGGCAAAGGCCUUGCCAGGAUUUCGCAACCUGCACGUGGAUGAUCAGAUGUCAAUUAUCCAGUACUCUUGGAUGGGUCUCAUGGUUUUUGCCAUGGGCUGGAGAUCUUUCACCAACGUCAAUUCCAGGAUGCUUUACUUCGCUCCAGAUUUGGUCUUUAAUGAGUACCGGAUGCACAAAUCCAGGAUGUACAGCCAGUGUGUCAGGAUGCGGCACCUCUCUCAGGAGUUCGGGUGGCUCCAGAUCACUCCUCAGGAGUUCCUCUGCAUGAAGGCUCUGCUCUUCUUCAGUAUUAUUCCAGUGGAUGGCCUGAAGAACCAGAAGCUCUUUGAUGAGCUUCGAAUGAAUUACAUUAAGGAACUUGACCGGAUCAUCGCUUGCAAGAGGAAGAACCCGACCUCCUGCUCCCGGCGAUUUUACCAGCUCACCAAAGUCCUGGACUCUGUGCAUCCUAUUGCCAAGGAUCUGCAUCAGUUUACAUUUGACCUUUUAAUUAAGGCACAUAUGGUGAGUGUGGACUACCCUGAAAUGAUGGCUGAGAUCAUCUCUGUGCAGGUUCCCAAGAUCCUGUCUGGAAAAGUGAAGCCUAUUUACUUCCACGCACAGUGAUCUCCUGGAGGGAAGUCCCAGUGCUGCCCACCCUCAUUUCAGCUGUCUCCUGCCUGUUAUUUCUGCACUACUGUA